UGCCAAGUCAGCGUUGAUUCUGGACAGGCGACGCCGCCGGCACCUCGCACCUGCCGGCCGAAGGCUCCUCAGUCCGGGGUCCUGAGGCUCGAAGCCGCCGUUGCCGAGGAGACAGCGUCCUGCGCCGCUUCGUGCCAGCCGGAGCAGAUGGAGGCGCAGGGCGAUGGCUGCGCGGAGGAGCCGGAGGCCGAGGCCCAGGCCCAGGCUCGGUCUCGGUCCCGGUCCAGCAGCGGCAGCGAUGGCAGCGCGGAGCCGACGGCUGAAACAGGGGACUGCCGCCCCGAGCUGACGAAGGACGGGGCGGAGCGGAAGGGGAGUGCUUCCGGCCAGAUCAGCAGCCCCCUUCCGCUCCUGCGGCACCGCGCUGAGCCCGGGUACCCGCCGAGCCGCAGCUCCGCCUCGCAGGGCUUUGGAGAGGACGAGGAAGACGACUACGACGAGGAGCAGGACGACGAGGAGUGCGAGGCGCCACUCUCCGCCGCCGCCAUGCUGAACAUCUUCCGCUCCAUCCCCACGCAGAUGGACUACAAGGGUCAAAAAUUAGCAGAACAGAUUUUUCAAGGAAUCAUUCUUGUCUCUGCAAUAAUUGGUUUCAUCUACGGCUACAUCACUGAGCAGUUCGGAUGGACUGUCUACAUAGUUAUGGCUGGAUUUGCUUUAUCGUGUUUGCUAACACUCCCUCCGUGGCCUAUGUACCGCCGCAAUCCUCUGAAGUGGCUCCCUGUCCAAGAGUCAGGAACAGAAGAUAAGAAGCCAGCAGACAGAAAGCCAAAGAGACAUGCUAAAAGCUAAACCUCCCCCCUAGUUCUUUAUGCUGUUACUUUGUUAAAUUUUGUUAAAUGCCUUUCCACUAAAUGAUACUUCUUGGC